CCACAGGUCUGUCUGUGGGUCGGUCGGUCGGUCGCAGCUCACAGCGGGGACUGACUGGACGCCUUCAUCGCACCGAGUCAGGCGGCAGAACCAUCUCUGACCGAAGGUAAUAAUAACACCGAAAAUGAUGAGCUUUCUACUCAGACAGCGAAUUCAACUUCCUGCAGCAUGGAGGUGGAAGAAGAGAAGAGAGGCGUCUUGUUGUCACUGCAUGACUUUCAGCACUGUCUCUUCUCAUCAAGAUCCUGUCGAGAUCCACAAGAGGAAACUUUUUCUGUGGUUCAACCACCUUCCCAAAGAGGAGAAACAGUUUGGAGGUCUCUUCAGCCCAGAGACCAUGCAUGUAGAUCCACUUAUUGUAGAAAGAAGGGACGAGGAAAGGGCAGGACUGCUCCAGUCACCAUACAAAACCCAGACUUCCUCGAGCCAUUCACUGACUGUGGAACAGCUAUUUGACCCAACCGAUGCCUGGAGUGAAGGUCGUGGACUCAAUGUGCUGCUGUAUGGUACUGUGGGAACUGGGAAAUCUACAAUAGUUCGAAAGCUGGUGCUGGACUGGUGUGCUGGAAAAACAAUGACUCGCUUCAAGUUGCUGCUUCCUUUCACAUGUGAAGACCUCAGUCAGCUGACAAAGGCGGUUUCUUUAAGAGAUCUGGUUGCCAGGAAGUAUCUUCAUUUGAAAAACCACCCUUUACUCAGUGGGGAUAGAGACCAAGCUAAGGAUGUGCUUUUCCUCUUUAAUGGGAUGGAAAAGAUGCAACUGGACUUCCGAAUCGGGUCCUCUGAGCUCUGCAGCGAUCCCAAUGAGCCUCUUCCACCAAGUGUACUCAUUGUGAACCUGCUGAGGAAAUAUCUUCUUCCUGAGGCCAGUAUCUUAAUGGCCACCAGACUGUCUGCUGUGGACCACAUCCCUCAGAAGUACGUGAGUCGUUACACACAGAUUUGUGGUUUCAAUGACCCAGAAAGCCAGCGUGCGUACUUCACCAGCCGCCUGCUGCAGAGUGAAGAAGCAGCACACAACAAGGAAGCCCAGACACUGAUAGAGCUCCUUUACCUCAAUCUGCAGAGUGAAAGCCAGUUGGCUGCCGCUUGCCUUCUUCCGUCUUACUGCUGGCUCACGUGCGCAACCUUACACUUGCUUCAUUUUACCACUCCUCAGGCCCCAAUUCGCACUCUGACUGGUAUCUAUACUAGCUUUUUUCGGCUUAACUUUGGGGGUGAGGUGCUGGGCACAAGAACUGGGACAAGUCCAUCUUCUCAGGAGUAUCAAAGUUCUUUAAUGAGGUAUGUUGUCCUUACAGUCGGAAAACUUGCGUUUGAUGGUGUGAUGAACAAGCGCACAUCUUUCUCAGACAAAGAACUGGAACAGUGGAUUGGUGGAAAGACCAAGACGGACGAGGAGCUACAUCAGCUGGCCGUGUUCCAGACUGAUGUGCUAGACUUCUUUCUGGCUCCUUGUGUAAAGAGAGGAAACCAUUCUUCAAAAGAACUCAGUGAAGGCGAUGAGAAGCUGUACGUGUUUGCUGUCCCAGCCAUGCAAGAGUACCUCGCAGCUCUCUAUGUAGUUUUAGGGGAAAACAAAUCUGCUUUGCAGAAGCUAACCAGCCAGGUGUCUGUAGCCAUUGGUCAGGCAAGUGAGGACGUCAGUGCCCUCGUGAACAUUCUGUCCAAGUUUAUUCCACUCAGGCUCUUUGCUAUAUUCAACCUGCUUAAGCUUUUUCCAAAGCUUUAUGAGAAAGUAAGCAGCUUCAACAAAGGCAAAAUUGCCAGAACUAUGGCAGCGGAAAUGUUCCGCUCAGAAGACAGCCAUAACAAAGAUGUUCUGGAUCAAGUGGAGCAAAGCCUGUUGGGAGUCCAUGGCCCACAGCCACAACAGUUUGAUGACAGGCAAUCUUUUGAGCUUUACCCCAUCUUCAUGGGAGGACUGUUACAAUAUAGUAAUCGGGUACUUCUUCAGCAACUAGACUGCAACAUCCAAAGCACCACUGUUGUUCAGAUAACACGUGCCCUCAGGAAGUACCUUGUAAGAGAACUAAGUAAGCCCCAGCCACCAGAGGAGCUGAUGGAUCUACUAGUUCUUCUGUAUGAGUUUCAGAAUCCCAGGCUGACUGUAGAGGUGCUGUCCUCAAUCAACAGCAUUUGUCUAACCAACAUUCGGAUGACUUCACUCAAAUGCUUCAUACUGAGUUGUGUCCUUUCAUGUGCGUCUUCAAGUUAUCGCCUAAAGAAGCUGGACCUGUCCUCCUGCCUCCUGACUCAUAACAUGGUGCAGAUGUUGGAGCCGGCUUUCAGGCAUGCACAGAGACUCAAUCUGCAGUUCAACAACUUGGGUCCCGAUUCCUGCAUCCUUCUGAAAGAUCUGCUUCUGGACCCUAAGACCUGCAUUAGUUCCCUACAGCUCUGUGAUAACCCGCUGCAGGACUCUGGAGUCUGCAUCCUGCUGGAGGCGCUGCCCCAGAACCAGUCUCUGACCUACCUGUCCCUGAUGCACACUGGGCUGGGCAACAGCGGGGCUCUGGAGCUGGCUGAGAGGCUGCCGCAGCACCCAGGGCUCCAGGAGCUCAACGUGGCUUAUAAUGGUAUCAGCGACGAGGCAGCUGUGGCUCUGGUUGACGCCUGCAGGGAGCAUCCCACCAUCCACACCUUACACUUGUAUCUUAAUCCAAUCACUGACGAGGGGAAGCAGUCGCUGUAUGGCCGGGGUGUAACCGGGAACCAAGGCAACAACCAACAAGUCAAAGUCCUGGCGUCUGUCACUGAAGACUCGGACGUCUCAGGUGGUUGGCACCCCAUACUCAGAGUGAUACAGGAGAAUGCUUCAUCCUGGGACCGCACACAGGUCAAGCAGCAGCUGAAGGUUUUCCUCCAGGACCUGGAGUGGGGACGUGGGAAGCAAACAAGCUUCUGGAGGAGGCUUCACUUUCGCAAAGUGCAGAAAAAAGUCCAGGCAACUUUACAACGUUUAGAGAAGGACUCUUCUUCCAAGACCAAGUAAACCUCAAGAGGGUUCAGAAGAGCAGUUAUUUGCACAACAUUAGCAUCUGUAUUUUUUUAGUUUAAAAGGACAGUAUUAUGUAUUCACCAUGCACAUAAUGCCAUUUUAUAUCAAUGAAAGUACUGUUACCUUCAGUUGUGUUACAGGACUGUUUGAGAGUUCCUACUCUUUCUAACACUGUGCUUUCAGCACGUCGUCGCAGCAUUUCUCCAUUUGGCCUUUAACAACGUUUCACCAGGACUGAACUAUGAAGUAACAUGUAUGAGCUGCUCUGCAGAUGUGCGGCUCCACCAGGUGUCUGCAGCUAACUGCUGCUGCUGCUAGUCGGGAGGAGCUGGGGGUGGAGGGGGGCUGCUCUGUGAGGUUCACCUCAGAGCCUUCACUCCUAAACGUUUGAUUUAAAGGAUUUCUCAAACAUGCAUGAAAGAAUCAAACCACUCUAUGUAUGUUUCUGAUGAGGGAAUAACAUUAUAACAUGACAUAAAGCUCAAUAAAAUCCAUAUUACAUCAUACUGCCCUUUUAACACUUAUAACCAGCGGAUGAUCCAGUUUCACAGUAUACACAGGAUUUAUUUAACAGCUGGAAGACAGGAACUGUUCAUAAUUGAGUUGUAAAUGACAAGAAUAGUUUUAUGUAAAUUAAAUUUGAUUGACUAGAUUUUUUUGUACAUUUUAUGAAAAUUUUUAAAUGGAAAAAAACAGUGAAAUUGAAAAAGUUAAUUCCUUGGUUGUUUGGUUUUGAGGGUAAAGAUCAGAAUUAAACAGUAAAACAUCAGGCUGGAUGUGAGAAACGAUUCUGUGAUUUCUAAACUAUGGAUGCUUUAGCAGGGGUGCCAAACUCCAGUCCUCUAGGGCCACUGUGCUGUAGAGUGGCACAGUGGCCACUCUGUGCCACUCUACAGCACAGUGGUACUGGAAUGAUAUGGCUUAAUUACCUCUUUAUUGUGUAGAUAAGUUCUCCAGAGCCUUACUAAUGACCUAAUUAUUCUAUUCAGGUGUGGUGCAGCAGAGGCUCAUCUACAGGUUGCAGGGCAGUGGCCCUCCAGGUCUGGAGUUUGACACCUGUGGUUUCAUGGGUCGAAUACUGAACUGAAAUUCACUGCAUCUCUUGAUUUCUGGGAUCCAGUUGGAAUGUGUGUGUGAUAGACUUUUAUCUGUCUGUGUGCUCAGAUUGAAUUGUCUUUAUUUUUGAAGUGUCUUGACACAUUUAUUGUUCAUUUGUCGCAUCAAUAAACUGGUCUAACCAA